UUUGUUUUUAUUUGCCAGCAUUCCCAUCAGCAGGAACCUGUCACAGUUUUGGAGGUGGUUUCUGCGCCGUGACCUCCUUCUCAAUCCCUUUGCUGCACAUGGCCGUGUCAGAUUGUGGCCUUUAAAGCGAGGGAGGGCGAGAGAGCAGGGGCAGCUAGCUCUCCCCCACCCACCCCCAGCCCGAGCGAGUGAAGCGAUGUCGGUUCCUGUGCUGAAUGCAAUGAGAGGCUGUGUGCGGCACAGGCAACUAGCCUGGCCCUUCACCCUCAGGCGCCUGUACCGCAGCGAGAGGGGAGUCUAUGGUUACAAACCAGCCAGGAACAAUGACAGUGGGCUCAAGGUACCCAGAGAGGAAGCCCCAGUCCAAGUUGACCAUGGUUUAGAACGACUGGUGACAGCAUAUCGAGAACAUGGCCACAAAGCAGCUAAAAUCGACCCCUUGAGUCAAGGUGUGAUUGAGAUGAUUCCUGAGAUCCAGGUUUUAACUGAAGCACUUCAGGGUCAUGACCUGUUCUGCACAAAAGGAAUGUUAAACUUUGGGAAAGAGGAAGCCACUUUGGAGGAGGUGUUGGCCUAUUUGGAACAGACAUACUGCAGGCACAUAUCUGUUGAGAUCGGCCAACUGGAGACCAUGGCUGAGAGAGAAUGGUUUGCUCAGCGGUUCGAGCAAGCAAAAUGCGAAACUUUAACCCCAGAAGAGAAGAGACACUUAGUGAAGCUAAUGCUGGAGUCUCAGGAAUUCGAUCGCUUCUUGGCCACUAAGUUUUCCACUGUAAAACGUUAUGGUGGUGAGGGCGCAGAGAGCAUGAUGGGAUUCUUCCACGAAUUGUUCCGAAAUGCAGCGUUCAAUGGUGUGGUUGACGUGAUACUGGGAAUGCCUCACCGAGGGCGACUCAACCUCUUGACAGGGCUCCUGCAAUUUCCUCCUGAGUUGAUGUUCCGUAAAAUGCGUGGAUUGAGCGAAUUCCCUGAAAACUCCCCGGCCACUGGAGAUGUCUUGUCUCAUCUUACCUCCUCGGUGGACCUGGACUUUGGCUGCGACCGCCCACUACAUGUCACCAUGCUCCCUAACCCUUCCCACCUGGAGGCUGUGAACCCAGUCGCUGUUGGGAAGACCCGUGGGAGACAGCAGUCUCGCCAGGAUGGGGAUUACUCAGCAAGUGGCUCUGCACAGUCAGGAGACAAAGCCAUUUGUGUACAGGUGCACGGAGAUGCUUCUUUCCCAGGACAAGGUAUUGUUGCUGAAACCUUCACUCUCUCGAACCUCCCUCACUACCGAGUCGGUGGCAGCAUUCACCUGAUUGUCAAUAAUCAGUUAGGCUACACCACACCCACCGAGAGAGCCAAAUCCUCACUCUACAACAGUGAUAUAGGUAGGAUGGUUCAUUGUGCUGUGAUUCACGUGAAUGGUGACGACGCAGAAGAAGUAAUACGAGCCACAAGACUGGCUGUUGACUAUCAGCGACGUUUCCGAAAGGACGUGAUCAUAGACUUGCUCUGCUACAGGCAGUGGGGCCACAAUGAACUUGAUGACCCCACCUUCACAAACCCCACCAUGUACAAAAUUAUCAGAUCCCGUAAAAGCAUUCCAGACUUGUAUGCGGAGCAGUUAGUAGCAGAUGGCCUCUUGACCGAGCAGGAGGUUUCCAGUAUUAAAACUUCUUAUUAUGCUAAACUAAAUGACCAUUUAACAAACGCGGCUUCAUUUUCACCGCCGGCUCCAAAUCUGCAGGCUCACUGGAGUGGCUUGGUGGAACCUUCACUCAGGGUCAGUACGUGGGACACUGGAAUGCCCAUUGACCUGCUGAAGUAUGUGGGUGCCAAGUCUGUGGAGGUUCCAAAGGAAAUAACCAUGCAUGGACAUCUGGUGAAAACACACAUACAGGCUCGACUGCAGAAACUGGAAGAGGGCGCAAAGCUGGACUGGUCUACGGCAGAGUCACUGGCCAUUGGAACUUUACUGUGUCAAGAUUUUAAUGUGCGUUUAAGUGGACAGGACGUUGGUCGUGGCACCUUCAGUCAACGACAUGCAAUGGUUGUUUGCCAGGAAACUGGUGACACUUACAUCCCACUCAACCAUAUCAGUUCAGAACAAAAAGGAUUUUUUGAGGUCUGUAACAGUCCAUUGUCUGAAGAGGCAGUGCUGGGUUUUGAGUAUGGGAUGAGUAUUGAAAACCCAAAGCUACUUCCCAUAUGGGAAGCCCAGUUUGGAGACUUCUUCAAUGGUGCUCAAAUUAUAUUUGACACAUUUAUCUCUGGAGGUGAAGCGAAAUGGUUGUUACAAAGUGGGAUUGUUAUUCUCCUCCCACACGGCUAUGAUGGUGCAGGCCCAGAACACUCCUCCUGUCGUUUGGAGCGUUUUCUCCAGAUGAGCGACAGCAAGGAGGAAGGCGUUGACGGGGACCAUGUCAACAUGUCCAUUGUACAUCCCACUACCCCAGCACAAUACUUUCACUUACUGCGCCGGCAGAUGGUUCGAAAUUUCCGUAAACCUCUGAUUGUAGCCUCGCCGAAAAUGUUGCUGCGUCUCCCAGCUGCUGUCUCCAGUUUGGAUGAGAUGGCACCAGGAACCACUUUUAAACCAGUUAUCGGGGAUUCAUCAGUGGAUCCAAAAAUGGUAACUCGAGUUGUGCUAUGUUCUGGAAAACACUAUUAUACACUGGUUAAACACCGAGAAUCUUUAGGAGAGGCGGGACAGAACUCGGCACUCGUCAGAAUAGAAGAACUUUGUCCUUUCCCCUUGGAGGCACUUCAGCAACAAAUGGAAAAAUACAAAAAUGCAAAAGACUUUAUAUGGAGUCAAGAAGAGCCAGAGAACAUGGGCCCAUGGUUUUUUGUAUCUCCCAGGUUUGACAAACAGUUAGCAUGCAAGUUAAAGUUGGUGAGCAGACCCUCUCUUCCAGUACCUGCAGUUGGAAUUGGAACUUUACAUCAAGAACAAAAUCAAGACAUUCUCACCAGAACCUUCUCCUGAAAGGAAAACCUAGUGUUUCUGCUCUAUGGUGCUUGAUUAUGAAAAAGUCUGACAACUUAAAAUUGAGAGAAUACCACUGAAUUGAAUUUUUUAAUGAAAUGUUACUUUUUUUUAUUAGGGAAAAUGGAAUUUGAUUUUCUCAAAUCAUGGAAAUUAUUACAACUAAAUUCAGUCAAAAUAAGAAUUAAAAUCCUGAGCUAGUUAAGAGUUGGGCAUACAAUGUGAACUGGAGUUUUGUAAGUAAAUGUCUAUGGUUUGGUGUACAUGUUCUUGAGUUCCAAAAGCAAAUUCAUUCAUGGCUUCUUAGCAGAUUUUCUUCAAGAUUUUGUUAAUUAACUCAAUUUAAAUUCCCCAGCUAUUGCAGCAGGAAUUUAAGUAUCCACAUCUUCAGUCUCGGCAUCUGGAUUACUAGUCCAACAACUCUGCUGUCUUCCUUGUAUUUGGUUGAAGAUAAUUGAAUAAUGACAAGGGAGAUGUAUGUCUACAGUUCAUUCCGGGCUAAAAAAAAGUAAGCAUUAUUUACAGCACUUGACUGUGCCUGUAAAUCACAAUUAUUUGCAUUAUUUUGGCUGUUAAUUUAUGCAACAAGUGUGUUUUCUGACAUAGAGAAUAAUGAAACAGUGAGAAAAAGUAAUCCCAUUUGAUCUACUUUUCUCCCCAAUGGAUUUUGGUUACUUUUUUUUGUUGAACAGUGUGGAGGUGAGGUGAACAGAGUAGAAGUCAUUUUUACCAAUUAGUUUGCAUUUCUCUAAAUCUAAUUUUAAUGUGUAGCCUUCUAAUGGGCAUAAUUUUAAGGUGGAGUGGUAGCAUUUGGUUGAACUGGUCAUUUUUUAGUAGGGGAAUGCAAGUUAUUUAGACUUGGUAAUGCAGUUUUUGAGAAGAUUUAUAGAUCAGGUUGAGGUUCAGGUUGUAAGUUUGCUCGCUUAGCUGGAAGGUUUGUUUUCAGACGUUUUGUCACCAUGCUAGGUAAUAUCAUCAGUGAACCUCCAGUGAAGUGCUGUGUUAUAUCCCGUUUUCUAUUUAUGUGUUAUGGUCUCGUAAAGUGGGUGAUAUCACUUCUGAUUCUUUUUCUUAGGAGAAUGGUAAAUGGAAUCCAAAUUGAUGUGUUAAUUGAUCGAGUUCCAAUUUGAAUGCCAGGCCUCUAGGAAUGCCCGUGUGUCUCUGUUUAGCUUGUCCUAGGAUGGAUGUGUUGUCCCAGUUGAAGUGAUGUCCUUCUUCGUCUCUAAUGAUGCCAGUGAGAGUGGGUCAUGUCUUUUGGUUGCUCGUGUAUCCUGCUGGCUAGUUUUCUGCCUGUCUGUCCAAUGUAAUGUUUACCAUACAUCAAAUACAUCGCUGAAAUAACUACCAGACAACUCUGACCCUUUGGCAUCAUGGUAAUCCACAAACCUAUGUACACACAAAGAGCAGCUGAUGAACCUAAAGGACCCUAUACAAACAACCAGCAAAAUGAAUGUAAUUUACAAAAUACCAUGCAAGGACUAUAACAAACAAUCCAUCUGACAGACCAGGCAAAAAACUAGCCACCAGGAUAAAUGAACAUCAACUAGCCACCAAAAGACAUGACCAAUUAUCCCUAGUACCAUUACAUACAGACAAAGGACACCACUUUGACUGGGACAACACAUCCAUCCUAGGACAGGCUAAACAGAGACACGCACGGGAAUCCCUAGAGGUCUGGCAUUCAAACUGAAUGCCAUCAAUAAACACAUCAAUUUGGACCCCAUUUACCAAUUCUGAGA